AUGUCGGCCUUAUUGACGGCAGAUUGGUUUCAACUAGAUUCCUACUACAGGAAAUUUGAUCUCUACAAUAUGAUCUGGUCAAUGGAUGAAGGUUUAGGCAAUAUGAUCGUAAGCGGAGCACCCUACGGUGGACCGAUAGCUGUUGUAAGAGAUAGGAAACAAUUUGUUCGCAUCAUGUCAAAUGCUAAACCAGUCAUUACAAUUUAUAACUGUGUGGGAAAUACUAUAUCUAAAAUUUUGUGGAAUAGUGGUGUGCUUGUCCACAUGGGGUGGUCUGAUGGUGAACAACUUCUGUGCGUGCAAGAAAGUGGAGAUGUUCUUAUUUAUGAUAUGUUUGGUGCCUAUCAGAAGACAUUUAGUAUGGGGCAAGAAGUUAGAGAUACAAAGGUGUGCAAAGCUCAGUUAUUUUCAAACUCCUAUGGAAUUGGUCUCGCCGUCAUGACUACAACCAACCGUAUGUUCCUAGUGAGCAAUGUCUCCGAACCGAAAAUAAGGACUGUGCCAGAUGUACCAAGAGCCAAUGAACCAAUAGCAUCUUGGUGUGUUCUUAGUUCCGGUUUGAGAUCUUCAGCAGUUAUAGGAUUCCUUGUUUGUAGAGACAAAGAAAUUUAUAGAUGUCAACUUGGCGAAUCAAGACCCAUUCUUAUGCGCCCUGAAAUAACAAGUGCAUAUACCCAAAUACUAACAAUAGUACCGUCACAAAAUGGACUUCAUAUUGCUCUAUUCACUGAUUCUGGAAUGUUAUGGCUCGGAUCAUCAGACUUUAAAACGAAGUACUGUGAAAUUGAUACAGGAUAUAUCAAACAACCUAAAGAGUUACUAUGGUGUGGAUCAAAAGCAAUAAUCGGGCACUGGGAUGAUACAAUGUGUAUCUAUGGCUUUAAUGGUACCACAAUAACAUAUCCAUAUGAUGGACCAUUCCAUCUGAUAUCAGAGAUAGAUUGCGUUCGGAUUAUAUCAGAAAUGACACAUGAACUGAUACAAAAAGUGCCAGAUGUAGUGGAGAAAAUAUUCAGAAUUAAUAGUACUGCUCCAGGAUCAUAUUUAGUUGAAGCUUCAAAACAAUUUCAAAAGCGCAGCCACCGCGCUGACGAGUACAUCCGCCUCGUGAAGCCGGACCUGGCGAGCGCCGUGCAGGACUGCAUUGACGCGGCCGCCUUCGAGUUCAACACCGACGUGCAGAAGAUGCUGGCGCGCGCCGCGCAGUUCGGCAAGGGCUUCCUCAGCGACACCGUGCUCACCGAGCACUACGUGCGCACGUGCCGCUGGCUGCGCGUGCUCAACGCCGUGCGCGACCCGCGCGUCGCCAUCCCGCUCACCUCCCUGCAAGUUCAAAAUUUAGGCGAAAGGAUCUUACUAGAUAGAUUGAUAUGGCGCCGCUUACACUGUCUAGCUGGUCAUAUCGCUUCCUAUCUACAGCUGAAAGAUGGGCAAACGAGAGUAUUGUCACAUUGGGCCUGUUAUAAGGUAACACAGCCUCACCUAGACAACGAAAGUGCCGCUCGAGAAAUAGGCGAAAAGCUACGAAACAUUCCUGGCAUUUCGUACUCCACUAUUGCUAUGAAAGCUGCGGAAAAAGGAAGAAAAACAUUAGCCAUUAAGAUAUUAGAAUAUGAAACGCGUAGUAAACUGCAAGUACCUUUGCUGUUGGCUCUCGGAGAAGGUCCUACUGCCCUUUUGAAAGCUACAGCGAGUGGAGACACAGAUUUGGUCUACAUCGUCCUUUUACAUUUAAAGGAAAAGAUGGGAAAACAUGAGUUUGAACUAACAAUCCGGAGCUUCCCACUAGCGCACGCGCUGUACAUCAAGUACUGCGCGACUCACAACCGCGAGGCGCUGAGGCAGGUGUACGUGCAGGAGGACGACUUCGCAGGGCAGGCCGCCUCGCACGUGCGCGAGGCGCUGGAGCUCAGCGAGCCCGGCGCCAGGGAGGCCUCGCUGCUGUCCGCGCGCGAGUGCCACCGCAAGGGCCGCAACGAGCUAGGUGUAUCUAUAUGUGAAGAAGCGAGAAAAUUAUGCAAACAACAGUCAAGUCUACAAGAAACAUAUGGCGAGAGCUUCGUCGGUCUCUCGUUACAUGACACCGUUAAGAAACUUUUAAAACAAGGGGAAAUAAAAUUUGCUGAUAAACUAAGAUCUGAAUACAAGAUGCCUGACAAAAGGUACUGGUGGCUACGAAUCCUCACUUUAGCAGAAAGAGACGAAUGGGCGCAGUUAGAAGUAUUUUCUAAAUCGAAAAAAUCUCCAGUUGGCUACGAGCCUUUUGUAGACGCUUGUCUCAAAUAUGGCAAGAACGACGAAGCUUUGAAAUAUUUACCAAAAUGUCGAGACGAUAUCAAAGUUAAAUACUACGUUAAAGCUGAAUUUUAUGAAGAAGCUGCUCAAGUGGCUUUCGAACAAAAGGAUGAGAGUGCAUUAUUUUUCGUCCAAAAUAAAUGUCCAGUACGGGAGUCCACUAAACACGCUAAAAUUAAGGCACUUGUGGAACAAUUGUCCACCAAAAAAUAAUUGUUUAUUAUUUAAAAUAAAAACAUAAAUACAAAAUGACCGCAUAUAAAUGUUUGCACAUACGUAGCGAUCCCGAAUAUAUGUUCACGUUUAUGCUAACAGAACUUUUUUAUAAUUUAAAGGAAAUUAUUUCAAAAAUUAUAUUGUUUAAAUUUCGAAAAUUAUUUUGGUAUAGAGGCACAGGCAUACGACUGAAAAUUGGUGUAAAACAGAAUAUUCCAUGAAAUUUUCAAUAGUCUCAGGACUGAGAAUUUAUCAAUUAUUUAUUAGUUUGAUUAGUCUAAACAUUAUUGUCAUAUGAUUAAGGCUUAGCUUAAUUUAAGUCAUUAUGUAUAAAAUAUAUCUAGAAUCUUAACAUAUGUUGAAAGUAUAAGGAGGUAAUUAUUAUUUGUGAUAUUACUUUAAAAGUAUAUAACAUGUAUUCAUUAUAUUGGUAAAUAAAACUCAUACAUGGCG